UACUCAGCUGUUGUGGAAAGGGGUAGCUGCUCCCCCUUGGAGAUCUGUGUCUGCAAUACAGCAGUGUGUUGUGUCCAUCUGUUCUUGCUUCUCCCCUCGAAUCUCUUAAAUGGGGUCACCCACACAGAUCAUAGACCACGGACAUGGCUUCCAAGGAAGUGUGACCUGGGCCCUGCUUGCCACGUUGGCGUUACAGAAGUCUGUGGGCAAAGGGCACUGCUUUGUGGUGCUUGCCAGGGCUGCCCUGGUGUCAGCUGUAACAGAGGGGCUGAAGAUGCCAUCUCCUCUCAGCCAAGGAGGGCUUCAGGAUCCACCUGCUGCCCUUUGGUGGGGGAAUGCCUUGGCUGGGCACCCUGUGAAGCUGUGCAUAGCAGUGUUCCAUCCUCAGGAGGGACACAAAUGGGCUGUGAUAAGGCUGAGCACCCUGGCUCUGGGUGAUGAUGCUCCUUCCCUGGCACCAGCCUCGGUGCCCGAUGUGCAAAGGACGUGGUCGCCACCUCUGCUUGGCAGUGGCACGGUGCUGCAGGGGUCAAUCUCCACUGCCAUGGCCAAGCACAGCUCUCCUUAUCUUGCUGCCUUCCAAGCUACUGGUGACAGCUGGCACAGGCUGCACACAAAGGUACAAUUGCUGCCAAGCAGUAAAUCAUGUCUGCUGCCCUGCACUGCUCCGCCGGCCUGGCCUUGACUGCCUCGCUGGGCAGUGGCAGUGGGAGUCAGAAGAGUGAGAAGAGUGCUUUGCUUGCCUUGUUUUCCCCUCGCAGAGCUUCCUGCCUCUGCCAGCUCACCAAUUGUAGAGUCUUUCCACGACUCCUGUCUUCACCGGUUCCCCUGGGAGGAAGGGACACGGCCCUGGGGGCUCUGGGUAUAAUUUUGCAUCAGGGUGUCAGCUGAAGGGGUGGAGGAGGGAGCAGCUCUGCCCCUCUGGUUGCUUUUGCUCUCCAUCCUUGCAUGUGGCUUUCCAGUACUGGUUUUUAGGCUGGGCAAGGAUCGGUUCCAGCACUUUUCUUGGGUCACAGAGUGACUCUAGGCCCCCGAUACCAUUUGCCAGCGUAAGCAGGGCUCAGCUUCCUCUUCCUGUCCCAGCACAUUUCAACUCCAUCUUAUUUCCAAUGGGAAGAAGGCAGCUUCCAGGUUUCUCUUACUCUUUGUGCCAGCAGCAGGUUGCACGGCAGCCACAGCCCAUCCACCUGUGCACAGCAUGGAGGAGCAGGGUCUGCCUCUUGGCACUGUGGCCCCCACCCACCUCAGCGGGCUGGGACAGCGCUGGCUAACUCCCUGUUUGUCCCCGAACCGCAGGUCGGAGUGCCAGACGAGAGGGGCUGUGUGUCUCUGCUCCCCGCCCGGGGCCUGCCCUGCCCUCCGCCGGCGAUGGAGUAUGUGGUAAGGACUUCGGUGGAGGGCUAAGUGGCUUCGGUGGUGGAUCCUGCCUGCCUCCUCUGCCUUCUGGGAGGUCUCCAGCCUCUUCCCCAGAUCUCCAUUGGUAUCUCCUAACCCCCUCUUCAGAACAAAGGAGAGGUUGCGUGCAGGAUGCGUAAAUGUUGUUCGAUGCUGCUGUGAUGUGUGAGGGAAAAUCCAGCUAUUGGCUGGGUUUGAGUGUUCUCCUUUGCUUCACCCCUGCCUCAGAGGUUCAGCAUUGACUGCAGUUGGGCAGAGGGGGUCUCCUGCCCAGGGCGAGGUCUGCAUGUGUAGCCAUCUGCGCCUUGCUGCGAUUUCUUGCCAAACCACCGGUAUGUUCCAGGCCUCUGACUCGGCUCCCAGGUUUUUUCCAGGGAGGAUGUUGGUAGUGGAGCCCUGAGCAUCCCCACUCUGCUUCUCUUCCUUGCCCCAGCUGAUGUGUGAAGUCCCAGUCUCAGGUGCCUGAAAGGAGUCCACAUCCCUCUGUUUCUCAUGAUCCAUUGUCUUUCUGUGGUGGAAGGGCACAUGGAGCAGCUGGGCCAGGACAUGUCCCCAGAGCUCCCUGGGGGCAGUUGUUCCAGCUGCUCUGCUCAUCCUCUGCUGCAGGGGCAGGAGCUCCUGGCGUCUGCCUGGCAAAGGGAAGGGCUGCAGCCUGUGGGAUGGGGCUUGGGACUGCCUGUUGAGGCAGGGCUGGUGUUCUGCGCCUUUGCAUAUUUCCAGGUUUGCCUUUUGCACUCAGAGCCCACUGGGAGGGAGCUCUGAUGCCCUGGGGUGGACUCUGGGGUUGAGGGAGCUGUGAUGGUAGCACCUCUGGUCUCCAAGGGCUGAGAGCUGCAGUGAAUCUUGUAACAGGCUGUUGAGUGAUGUGGGCAGACUGACCUCGAAGGUUCUGAGAAAAUCAGGAAUUAGUUUGGCUUAUAAAAGCAGAGAUGCGUCUGAGCAGGAGCUUCAGCUGGGAAGCUUAUCAGCCCUUUGCUGCCUGUAGGUGAUGGCUGCUCCAAGCCCUGGGGUGGUGGAAAGAGGCCAAGGAGACACUCCUGCCCCCUUGCAAUUCCGUCCUGCUCACAGAGCUGCUGUGCCAGGCAAACCCAGGCCCACAUCAAGCAGUGGCCAGUCUGUCAUGGGCAAACCCCACUGCUCCAUGGCCACUUGAUACUGCCCAGCCAGCUUCCCCUGGCAACAGGGCUGCGCUGGCCCCUCACCGGGCCAGCAACUUCCUGGCUCCGGCUUCCUGCUUUUCUUUAGAGGAGUGGUGCUGCGGCCACAGGAAGGUCACAGCGCUGAACCGCCGGGGGCCCCUGGAGGGGACGAGCACUCUGUGGAACAGCCAGCACGGGCUCUCUGCCUGUGGGACCACCAUGGCUGAGCUGGGGGGCUGCCUUUACAGAGCUAGGAUGCUUCAGUGACCGCCCCGCUCCCGUGUGCUGCUGCCCCUCGCACCACGUAGGUGCAAUUUCCAGCCCUGUUUGGCUUUCCUUUCCUUGUCCCCAUGGCAGCGUGCCAGGCUUUGUGAAGUGGGGCAGGCUAGUGCCAAGCAGUGCUCCAAGCAGGGAGAGCCUUUUCCUUGGCCCGGAUUUACCCAGUUUUGGUUUGGUGGACAGAGCACCUGGUGGUUGGUAGGAGUCUGGCUUGUGAUGCAUCAGGGGUUGGGUUCUGUCUGAACUCCUUGCUUCAUCCUAUAGGUGGUAAAGGGGGGAGAGCUCUUGUCCCUCAGUGGGGCCAAGGCUGUGGAGGGCAGGACAGUCAGGCUGGCCCAAGUUCCUGCUGCAUGCAAGUGCAUUGAGGAAAGGGGAACAGGGGAGACCUGCCCUGAGCCCCCUGAUCCACAGGUGGGAGUGUCACACAGCUCCCCGAGCUUGCAGGGGCCAACUUUGCCCCCAGCACGUUCUUGCCGCCCGCUCCCUCUAGCUCCGCCUGUGACCUUGAUUUUUCUGCUCCAGAUAAGCAGUGCGUCCCCACCCCUCGCCGGGAGCCCCUCCUGCGCUGCGCCCCAGCCCGAGCGCAGAGCCUGCCCCGCCGCCCGUGAGUCAGCACAGAUCUUCCGAUCAGCCGCAGCCCCUUCAUCUCUUCUCCCGGGAGGAACAGCUGGCAUGCGGGAAGCAGCAGCGAUUAGCUGCAGCCUCUCCCACAGGCUCCCCACCACGACUGGGGGAUUGUGCUGAGCCCUGCCUUGCCCAGCGCACAGCCUACCUGUAUCCUGCUCCUGGCCAUCCUCCUCUUUCUCCCACCAGCCCUCCAGGCAAGAUCUGUGCUCUCAAAGGACUGCAUGUCCCUGUAUUCCAGGAAGCUGUGAGCACCGGUGUCAUCUCAGCAUCGCUGCUCCCCCCGGCAGAGCCCAGCAAGCCAACAGCAGCUGCUCCCCGCCGACACGUGGGUUGCGUGGCGCUGGCUGCCACAGAAGGACCUCGUUCCCUCCUGGCCAGUGCUCGGAGCAGGGCUGGGAUGGGCUUGGAUGCGCUCUGUGUCUGCCUCAUCUCCGGGCUUUAAAUAUUCAUGCUUUUGAUUUUCUCUUAGCGGGCAGUGGCACAGGGGCUGGAGCGAGCUGUGGGGCGGAGGGUGGCUGUGCUGAACCCCGCUGCAGGGCAGAGGGAGCUGGAUCUGCUCCUGGAUGAAGACAAUGGGUUUUGUUUCCGCCCGGUGUUGAAGUGGCAAAGGGCUUGAGGACCUCCAGUCUGGGGCCAGAGCAUUCUGAGCUGCCCUCCCUGAGCCAGCGGCUCCCUGGGGUGUCGCUGCGGCCCCGUUUCCUCCCUGCUGUAGCGCCUUGCUCUCGGUCUGAAUGGAUCUGCACAUCCUUGCUGACGCCGAUCACCAUUGAUCGGCCGUGCCUGCACAGGGCCGGGCAGCCCCUGGACCUGCUGCCACCAUCCCAGCCCAGCUCUCCGUGCCAGUCAUGUCGGGCUGGCGUGGACCUAGCGCAGAGUUCAGCCAAGGCUUCUGCUUGGGGGCAGCUUCCCGGCGGCUGCGGCCACUCGGACUCUCUGGGGGGCCCCUGUGAGGCCUGGCUGGCUGCAUCCACCCUGCUGCCACUCUGGACAGGGCAGCUGUGCCCUUCUCACCCGUCUGCAGCAUGGAUCUCCUGCAAAAGAGCAAAUACAGCCACCUGCGGAACGAGUCUGUCUCCUCUCCGGAGGAGGCCGUGGCGGGCCUGGGAGUCCUGCCCUCCCCAGUGGAGUCCCUUGCAAGCAUGCAGUCUCUGCCUGGUUCCCUGUCCUCCCUCAGCCACGCUGCACCUCUCGGGGAGCUCUCGCCUGAGCUGGAGGAGAGCCCUACCACCCUCUGCUCCUUCUUCCCCAAAAUGGCCAACCUGAAGCUCUCCAAUCCCGCCAACUUGCUCAGCUUGCGGGGCUCUUCAGCCAGCAGCAGCCCAGGGGAGCCUGGUCCCCCUGGGAUGGCAGCACUAGUGCCAGGGGUUGCUGCCAGCCCCGGCUCAGUGAGACCUGUCACUGUGUGUUCCCAGGAUAUGAACAAGCUGAGCUGUGGGAAGAAGACGCGGGUGGAAGGCGGCCAGCUGGGGGGUGAUGAGUGGACCCGCCACGGCAGCUUUGUCAAUAAGCCCACCCGUGGCUGGCUGCAUCCGGAUGACAAGGUCAUGGGCUCGGGGGUCUCCUACCAUGUCCGGUACAUGGGCUGUGUGGAAGUGCUCCAAUCCAUGAGGGCUCUGGAUUUCAACACCAGGACACAGGUGACCAGGGAGGCCAUUGGGCUGGUGUGUGAGGCUGUGCCUGGUGCCAAGGGAGCCGUGAGGAGAAGGAAGCCCUGCAGCCGUUCCCUGAACUCCAUCCUGGGCAAGAGCAACCUGAAGUUUGCAGGCAUGCCCAUCACCCUGACCAUCUCCACCAGCAGCCUCAACCUCAUGGCCUCAGACUGCAAGCAGAUCAUCGCCAACCACCACAUGCAGUCUAUAUCCUUUGCAUCAGGGGGAGACCCGGACACAGCCGAGUAUGUUGCCUAUGUUGCCAAAGACCCCGUCAAUCAGAGAGCUUGCCAUAUCCUGGAGUGUCCUGAAGGCUUGGCACAGGAUGUGAUCAGCACCAUCGGGCAGGCCUUCGAGCUGCGCUUCAAGCAGUACCUGAAGAACCCUCCAAAGCUGGUGACCCCCCACGACAGGAUGGCGGGGUUUGAUGGCUCUGCCUGGGAUGAAGAAGAGGAGGAACCGGCCCCAGAUCACCAGUACUACAACGACUUCCCUGGCAAGGAACCUCCCAUUGGGGGAGUCGUGGACAUGCGGCUGCAGGAUGGGGCUGCUCAGACCCCAAAUCACUUGGGUGCCACACUGCCUGUCGGCCAGUCAUGCGGUGGGGAGUAUGACCCGCAGAAGCAGCAUGCUCCAGCCCAAGCAGGGAGAGAGAAAUACCCAGCUCCAGCAGGCACGUCUGGCCGCACAGACCUCUUUGAUGACCCGUCUUACGUCAACGUGCAGAACAUAGACAAGACACGCCAAGCUUCAGCUUCUGGCACCCCUGCCACAGCCAAUGGCAGCACGCAGAGGGACCUCUUCGACAUGAAGCCCUUUGAAGAUGCCCUGCGUGUGCCCCCAUCGGUGCCUGUGGGGCUGCCCCCUGCCCAGGUGGUGGCCUCCAUGGAGGAGCAGCUGAGGCGGGAGCCCUGGUACCAUGGGAAGAUGAACCGCAAGGAGGCUGAGAAGCUGCUGAAGGUGAACGGAGACUUCCUGGUGCGGGAGAGCACCACCACCCCGGGCCAGUAUGUGCUGACUGGCUUGCAGGGCGGGCAGCCCAAGCAUCUGCUGCUCGUCGAUCCCGAGGGAGUGGUGCGGACAAAAGAUCAUCGCUUUGAGAGCGUCAGCCACCUCAUCAGCUACCACAUGGACAAUCACCUGCCCAUCAUCUCGGCCGGCAGUGAGAUGUGCCUGCAGCAGCCAGUGGAGAGGAGACUGUGAGCGCCCGGGGACCCCAGUGCACGGCACCCCCAGUGCGCAACCCUCUGGCCGUGUUCCAUGCCCCAGGGAGCCCUCAGACUCUCCCAGGUGCUCCACCCAGGACUGAGCACGGACUUGGCUGAGGACAGGGCCUCUCUCCUUUCACCACAUGGAGCUGGUGGCCGUGGGGGGGCUCAGGCUGUGAGUGCCUGCAGGGUAGGGAACUGUUCUUGCAAAGCCCAUGCCCCUCCAGCUCCAGCCUUUGCAGAGCAGCUCAGCUCCUACCAAAACCCAGCCCUGCUAUCGUGCCACAGCCACUCUCGUGCUCACCAGCACGGGCUCAGGACUGGCAGGGCUGAGCCCUCCUGAGCCAGAGGCAGCCUGUCCUUAUCUCUGGCCCCUGGGCCAAGGAGGGGGCCCACGGGGGGCUCCGCUCCCCCAAGCACGAGGCCCUCGACUGUACCAGAUCACUUUACGUGUUAACUCUGUGCCUUGACCCCGCAGGUCCCACACUCUUAUGCAAGGGCAGGGGCUGGUUGCAGAGCCUCCCCCGUGCUCCCAGCACCCUGUACCCCAUCCGUGACAUGCUUGUGCUCCAGGACACGUGCCACCACCACGUCCCCUUCCUCCCUGCCCGUCCAAGGGCAAUUCUGCAGCCCCGGGGGGUUGGCGGGAGGACCCCCCUGCAUGCACAGUGUAACUCCCCCCAAGCCAAAGCGCAGCCCGCCCCUCGCAGCCCCAGGCCCCUGCCCCGCUAUACCAAAGGAACUGGCGGUUGUAUUAAAGUCGGUAUUUCUCUA